CUCCUCCUCCUCCUCCUCCUCCUCUUCCUGAGUACCAUCCUCAGCAGUGCAAGUAUGUUUAUAAUGGGCCUCGGACUCAAACGGUGUUGCAAGAGCGUUUUAGCAAUUCCACAACCUACGUUUAUCAGGUACCAACCCAAGUUGCUGCAGGUAAACAAGCAUUUCAGGCACCAGUUCCUGCAUCAAAAGAGGUUAUUUUCAAUAGCAAUGGCCGGCGAAAUGCAUAUCAGGUACCCCAAAUGGCCAAGCCGAAAGAGCCUGUCACAUGGUACAGCUGUAAGGUACCUCAAGCUUAUGCAGGAAAUGAGGAUGUUAUUACCAGCGACCAGGCAGCUAAAAACUAUGGUGGGUUAAUUAAUAAGGAGUACUAUUGGUAAAUGCAAAACCAUAACAAUGGAUUAUCAAAUCUGUGGUACAAAUAUAAAUCCUAGCUAGUCUACUACUAUUACUACUAGUAGACAGAGCUGCUCUGAGAGUAACACAUAUGUAUUUAUCUCUGUUACCCUUUGCAGCCUUUAAAAUCAGCUCUGCUUGUAAGGUUGUGGUGCUUGAUUAAAUAUAUUAUGUCUUGGUUUUAAGUUGUAAAUGUUUCUCCUUUAUGAUCAGUCCAAACCCCUCUUUACAGCUACAAAGCUAUUCCUGCAACAGUCUUUUAUGAAUAAAUAUGAAAGUUAACU